AUGUGUGCCCCUGGUUACGUGCAUGAGGACCCCGCUGUGACGUCAGUGACGGUCGGCUGCAUCUUACAAAAUGGAAGCAGCUCACCUACGUGGGAGGUGGACCCUCCGCUUUGUUAUGGAUUACCGUGUCCAAAUAUGACAUUCCCAGAUGACGUCAGGCUAACAGUGACGUCAAACGUUACUUCAAACGUCACAAGCGGGCUACAGUGGAUAAGUGACGGCCGAGUGGGGGAAACGUACGCAUUAAGUUGUGUUGAAGACAAAGUUUUCCCUGAUGCUUCCUUGGAGUACAUCGUAACCUGUGUGUGGAAGGGGAACGGAACGGGAUGGGAUAGAGAGGUCCCUUCUUGUAGAGAGAGAAAGCCAGCAGACAUUCUGAACAUCACCGCUUUAACAAGUCCUUCUGCCAUCGAAGAUGCAUUAAAUAGCACACUUGGUUCUCUGUCAUUGGAUUCAUCAAACCAAACUGCGAACAAUGAAGAGCUGAAAGAGUUACGUGACGUCCUGAUGACCAGCCUGUCCACUGUACUGGACACUGUCAGUGACGAGGCAGGACUAGUCAGUGUGGCCAACUUGAUGUCCAUAGUGACCAAUACCACUGCUGACCAGCUCAGUGAGAGAGCCAUGGACCAAGCAGCCAAUAUGUCAAGUGCGUUACUGCAAAAAGUGACGUCGGCAAACUUUUCAACUACCGCCGUGACGUCACUGAUGACUUAUGUGGCUGUAUCUUUGGGAAACAUCUUGAACAUUAGUCUCUCAGCACCAGAUUCAACUAGCAAUGGAACGAACAGAAUAAUCGAGCAGAUAGUCAGGGAUGAGAAAUUAGUGGAACUUAUUAACUCACUGGUCGACGUGAUCAUAUCUGUGUUGGUCGAAUCAUCGGGAAUAGAUCGAGUUCUCAUUGAAGCUUCGUACGUGGCCUUGGCCGUCCAGAAGAUACAGCCAGGUUCGAUUUCUGCAUCCAGUUUUAAUUUAAGUACUACACUGGCGACGAUGAGAAUUCAAGGAGACCUGCAGCUGGGUGAAGUAACGUAUGCCAAGGCCUAUAUGUAG